AUGUUGUUUCUUUUGGUAAUCUGUUCUUUUAUUCUCUCAGCCGCAUUUUUCUCUCUUUCACUCUUUCCCUCCUCACGCCUUUUUCUCCUUUUCACUCAUUCCCUCCUCACACUUUUUUCUCUCUUUCACUCAUUCCCUCCUCACUCUUUUUUCUCUCUUUCACUCAUUCCCUCCUCACGCUUUUUAAUCUCUUUCACUCAUUCCCUCCUCACGCAUUUUUCUCUCUUUCACUCAUUCCCUCCUUAUGCUUUUUCCUCUUUUUCACUCAUUCCCUCCUCACGCCAUUUUCUCUCUUUCACUCAUUCCCUCCUCACGCCUUUUUCUCACUUUCACUCAUUCCCUCCUCACGCUUUUUUUCUCUUUUCACCCAUUCCCCCUCACGCUUUUUUUUCUCUUUUCACUCAUUCCUCCUUUUUUUUUUUUUUCCUCUCUUUAACCCAUUCCCCCUCAUUUUUUUUUUCUCACUUUCACUCAUUCCCUCCUCACGCUUUUUUCUCUCUUUCACCCAUUCCCUCCUCACGCUUUUUUCUCUCUUUCACCCAUUCCCUCCUCACGCUUUUUUUCCUCUUUUUCACUCAUUCCCUCCUCACGCCUUUUUCUCUCUUUCACUCAUUCCUCCUCACUUUUUUUUCCCCUCUUUUCACUCAUUCCCCCCUCACGCUUUUUUUCUCUUUCACUCAUUCCCUCCUCAUUUUUCUCUCUUUCACCCAUUCCCCUCCUCACGCUUUUUUUUCUCACUUUCCAUCAUUCCCUCCUCACGCCUUUUUCUCCAUUUCACCCAUUCCUCCUCACGCUUUUCCCCUCUCACCCAUUCCCCUCCUCACGCCUUUUCCUCUCUUUCACUCAUUACCUCCUCACGUUUUUUUUCCCUCUUUCACUUAUUCCCUCCUCACGCAUUUUUCUCUCUUUCACUCAUUCCCUCCUUACGCUUUUUCCUCUUUUUCACUCAUUCCCUCCUCACGCAUUUUUCUCUCUUUCACUCAUUCCCCUCACGCUUUUUUUUUUUUUCACUCAUUCUCCUCACGCAUUUUUCUCUUUCACUCAUUCCCUCCCUCACGCUUUUUUUCUCUCUCUCUCACCCAUUCCCUUCUCACGCUUUUUUUCCUCUUUUCACUUAUUCCCUCCUCACGCCUUUUCUCUCUCACCCAUUCCCUCCUCACGCCUUUUUCUCUCUUUCACUCAUUCCCUCCUCACGCUUUUUCCUCUCUUUCACUCAUUACCUCCUCACGAUUUUCCCCCUAUUUCACUCAUUCCCUCCUCACGCAUUUUUCUCUCUUUCACUCAUUCCCUCCUUACGCUUUUUCCUCUUUUUCACUAAUUCCCUCCUCACGCCUUUUUCUCUCUUUCACUCAUUCCCUCCUCACGCUUUUUCCCCUCUUUCACUCAUUCCCUCCUCACGCAUUUUUCUCUCUUUCACUCAUUCCCUCCUCACGCAUUUUCUCUCUCACCCAUUCCUUCUCACGCUUUUCUCUCUCUUUCACUCAUCAUUCCUCCUCACGCAUUUUUUCUCCAUUUCACUCAUUCCCUCCCUCACGCUUUUUUCUCUCUUUCACCCAUUCCCUCCCACGCUUUUUUUUUCUCUCUUUCACUCAUUCCCUCCUUACGCUUUUUCCUCUUUUCACUCAUUCCCUCCUCACGCCUUUUCCCUCUUUCACUCAUUCCUCCUCACGCUUUUUUCCUCUCUUUCACCCAUUCCCUCCUCACGCUUUUUUUCCCUCUUUCCUCAUUCCCUCCUCACGCUUUUUUCUCUUUCACUCAUUCCCUCCUCACGCCUUUUUUUCUCUCUCACCCAUUCCCUCCUCACGCUUUUUUUUUCUCUCUUUCACUCAUUCCUCCUCACGCCUUUUUCCCUUUUUUCCCUCAUUCCUCCUCCAAGCCUUUUCUCUCACCCAUUCCUUUUCACGCCUUUUCUCUCUUUCCUCAUUCCCUCCUCACACUUUUUUCCUCUCUUUCACUCAUUACCUCCUCACGCUUUUCCCCCUCUUUCACUCAUUCCCUCCUCAAGCAUUUUUUCUCUCUUUCACUCAUUCCUCCUCACGCCUUUUUCUCUCUUUCACCCAUUCCCUCCUCACGCUUUUUUUUUUCUCUUUCACUCAUUCCUCCUCACGCUUUUUUCUCUUUCAACCAUUCCCCCCUCACGCUUUUUUUUCUCUCUUUCACUUAUUCCCUCCUCACGCAUUUUCUCUUUUACUCAUUCCCCUCCUUACGCUUUUUUUCCUCUUUUUCACUCAUUCCUCCUCACGCCUUUUUUCUCUCUUUCCUCAUUCCCUCCUUACGCUUUUUUCCUCUCUUUCAACCAUUCCUUCUCGCGCUUUUUUUUUUCUUUUUCUUUCACUCAUUCCCUCCUUAUGCUUUUUCCUUUUUUUUUCACUCAUUCCCUCCUCACGCCUUUUUCUCUCUCUCACCCAUUCCCUCCUCACGCUUUUUCCUCUCUUUCACUCAUUCCCUCCUCACGCCUUUUUCUCCAUUUCACUCAUUCCCUCCUCACACUUUUUUCUCUCUUUCCCAUUCCCUCCUCACACUUUUUUUCUCUUUCAGUUUCACCUCUCCUUUUUUUUCUCAUUUCUCCUCCACCUUGUCCUCUUUUCACGCUUUUUUCCUCUCUUUCACUCAUUACCUCCUCACGCUUUUCCCCCUCUUUCACUCAUUCCCUCCUCAAGCAUUUUUCUCUCUUUCACUCAUUCCCUCCUCACGCCUUUUCUCUCUUUCACCCAUUCCCUCCUCACGCUUUUUUCUCUCUUUCACUCAUUCCCUCCUCACGCCUUUUCUCUCUUUCAACCAUUCCCCCCUCACGCUUUUUUCUCUCUUUCACUUAUUCCCUCCUCACGCAUUUUUCUCUCUUUCACUCAUUCCCUCCUUACGCUUUUUCCUCUUUUUCACUCAUUCCCUCCUCACGCCUUUUUCUCUCUUUCACUCAUUCCCUCCUUACGCUUUUUCCUCUCUUUCAACCAUUCCCUUCUCGCGCUUUUUUCUUUCUUUCACUCAUUCCCUCCUUAUGCUUUUUCCUCUUUUUCACUCAUUCCCUCCUCACGCCUUUUUCUCUCUCUCACCCAUUCCCUCCUCACGCUUUUUCCUCUCUUUCACUCAUUCCCUCCUCACGCCUUUUUCUCCCUUUCACUCAUUCCCUCCUCACACUUUUUUCUCUCUUUCACUCAUUCCCUCCUCACACUUUUUCCUCUCUUUCACUCAUUCGCACCUCUCGCUUUUUUCUCUUUCUCUCCUCCACUCCUUGUCCUCUCUCUUCUCUUUCGUAUUCAAGAAUUUUAA